AUGUCAGACCUGGUGAUUGAAAAUGGAAAGCCAAACACAUUUUGGGAUCGAGUUAAGUGGGCAUUUUCUAAAAACGAAUAUGGGGAAAUUCGGCCAGAGAUUGUACAUAUUCCUGUUGUGGUGUUCUCUGGUUCUUUGGUUGGAAUGAUUGUUGGUGGUCG